ACGCAUCAGUUAAUCGUACGCCAUGGACUGGCCCAUGCGGUGGUGGUCUUACUUUCACUUGUAUCUACUUUAACUAAGAUAUUUCUGUAAUAAUGUCCAUUGUGUUGUACAGUCUUCAAAGCAUCUAUAGUACCUCGAUACGUCGAUGGGGUAAUCCACGUAAGGUGCUGACCGCGAGGUGUGACUUCGACGUUAGCUGGUUCGUCACACAAUUCCCGUCUAACUCUAAUAAGCCUCCAGUCAUUCGAGAUAGAUCAUCUACACUGGUGAUUUACACAGGCGAGUAUAAAGGCGAGGAAUCAACAAAAUGCCCUUUGCACACAGAUUUUAACACUAAGUCAGCAAUUCUGUGAACCCGUUACCCGAAGCAGUAGUGCCUGCACCUUUAAUUGACUCAUUCAAGAGAAAAACAGACACUCAUAGAGUCACGCUAGAAAAGGAGUAACAUGGGAAAUAGGCGUUUUGUUCUUACUACACAAAUCUGAACCGAAAUAUGAAUCCGAACGCUUGAUUAAAUUGAGUUGUCUCACUUGCCUUCUCCGGCCCGCUUCGCUCUCCCCUCUUCGUCAUGAGUACAUAAAAUCCAAUUAUUUAAUCCCGUUAUUCUCUAACGUGGAUUAUGUCGAUAAAUAUAUACGGAGGUAGGUGGGAUUUUUAUUUCUAUAACAACCAGUAUACAAUCCAACUGGAAUCAAACAUAGAGCUUCUAGGCAGUUAAAUGGCUUGCUCACACACACUGGACGACAUGAUUUUCCUGAAUCUAUGUCAGUGCAUCAAGUAUCUAGAACAAAGAAUUAAUUAAAUUAUGUAAAUUCGUCUUGACGAUAUUGGAUGUCGUACGAAGACAAUUUAAACCUUCCGCCCUAUUCAGGUUUAGGGUCAUCAAAUGUGAUUUUAUGGCUGUGUUUGUGUUGGUAAGGCUUUCCAGGACUAUAUGUAAUAUGGAAAAUCUUGAUUCUGUCGAAAAACUUAUUUCUGUCUUUUGAGUGGUUGUUUCUUGUCAGCCUAACAGUGUAGUUGUGGUGGAGACGUCCGAAUCCCAUCUUCUGACUCCUGGGUCUGAUCUCUUCACUUACUUCAGUUUAAGCAUCUGAAAAGUGUUAUUAGCCGGUUUCUGAGUGUCUGAAGAAUGAGUUGGCCUGAAUUCUAGAUGAAACUAUAGUUUAUGAACGACACUUAGGUGACGCUAAAGUGAAAUUGAAAGUGUCCACCUACUUACUUGUGUUAAAUGAGGUUUACAAACCAGUGUGAGUUAUUAGGAUUAGAAUUUAUGUUUAGAAUUUAGGGUUGGGAAUUAGAGUUGGGGUCUUCAUCAUGAACUGACAUCAGCCACAUGAAUGAAUGAAUUUCGUUUCUGAAUCUAAGACUGGUCAUCCUAAAUACGAUCAGUUCGUCCGUAAAUUAUGAUAUCGCUCCUAACGCAGUGUGACAGUUUGUAGCUGUAAACACGAUGUAGUCCUACAACCAAUGACUUCACGAAGUAGUUCCACUUUUUGGUUUGGCCACUCAUCUGUUCUUCAAAUUAGUUUACAGCAACCAGCUCUUCCCGUAUCUGGGCUAUGGUGAUAUUUGCCUUACCAGUCAGUUAACGAGGACUUAAUCUCAUCAGUUUACUUAUUUUUACUCUUCACAAGGAAAUAUAAAGCAAUUAGUGAUUGUUGAGAAUCUAAAACUGGGAAAUUUAUUGCGAUUUUCUCACAGUCCGAGUAUUUGGGCUAGUUCCCAUAUCAAAUAUACUCUGUACUGGUAGAAUCAUAUUUAUCCAUACAACGGUGACAUUUCUUAGUAAGAUACUUCAUAAGCUUAAAAUUUCGUUCGUUGUAAGUAUCUAUCACUACAUAUUCAAAGGAGUUUCACAAUGAUCCGAUUACUAUCAAGUCCAAAGUAAGAUGGUAUGGUAGUUUAUCAAUACAACAAUUUUCAAAUUUAUAGCACUUUGAAAUAAAAAUGUUCAAUCUUGACUUUUCUUUUUUUAGUCCCAGAUGCUGUUUAAUGGGCUAGUGGAAGUGAAUAUUGUUAUUCUCCAUACACGAAGGCAUUAAACCAAACGAUAGAAAAAUCAUACUAGAAAAUUUGUUCCAUAUGUUCCUACUUUGAAGCAAUUUCCUUCAGAAUAAUUACUAUAUAACUAUGGAGUGCUUCUGCCACUGUUUUGUCUGGAUACCAUUUUUUAUUUUGCUCCAAGGGAUUUGUGAGGCUUAUACACAACAAAAAUUACUUGUAAUAUCUUUAGAUGGUUUCAGUCAUAAUUAUCUAGAUCGUGCUAAGCUUCGGAAUGUCAACAUUUCCUCUUUUGAACGGAUUUGGAAGACCGGAAUACGUGUUAUGAAAGUACAUAAUGAGUUUAUUACUCGAACAGGACCAAAUCACUUAUCACUAGUCACUGGGAUGCAUGAAGAGAGUCAUGGUAUUGUUGAUAAUGUGUUUUAUGAUCCUGAGCUUAAUGAUACUUUCGACUUGAGUAAUACGAGGCAUUUAUCACAAUUAAAGUGGUUUGAUGUUGGGUCUGAACCAAUUUGGGUUACAAAUCAACGUCAUGGUCAUAAAAGUGCUGUUACGUUUUGGCCAGGGAGUAGUACACCAUUCAAAGGACAAUUACCUAGUUUUUAUUAUUCCCAAUAUAACCAUCAACUUCCUUUAGUUGAUCGAAUUAAUCAAACCAUUAAGUGGUUAAAUUUAGAUGAAGUGACACUUGGUCUAAUAUAUUUUCAUGAACCUGACUCACAGGGUCAUUUGACCGGACCUGAUUCUGUUGAAAUUUUUACUGUUAUCGAGAAGUUAAAUGAUGAUAUUGGGUACUUACUAUCUUUAAUUGAUACUAGGCCAUCUCUAAAGUCAUCACUUAACAUUAUUUUAACAAGUGAUCAUGGGAUGUCUGGAGUGGAUGCUAACAGAAUAAUUAUUCUGCAUGAUUAUAUCAACGAGAGCAUGUAUUAUAGUCCGGGGUCAGAGGAUCGUGUGUUUUGGUCAUUAUGGCCAAAAGAUGGGAGCUCAUCUAUUAAUCUCUACAAAAGACUGGUCGGAAAACAUCCAAAGAUGAAUGUUUUUCUGAAGGAUAAUGUACCUAUUCGUUUACACUACUCGAAUAAUCGACGAAUAAGCCCAGUGGUAGUUUAUUCGGAGCCUGGGUGGACAAUCGUUAGAUCACGAAAAUCGGUUGCGAAAUUUACUAAACGUGGAGAUCAUGGUUAUGAUCCGGACCAUGAUGAAAUGUCUCCAUUCUUUCUAGCUACGGGACCAGGUUUCAGGAGCACGAUUGUUGGUGGCGGUCAAAUAAUUAGUUCUAUUCAUCUGAUUGAUAUUUAUCCACUAAUGUGUGCCUUACUCAAUUUAAAUAAACCAGCUCCAAACAAUGGUAGUUUAUCACGUGUGAUGUCACUCCUUCAUGAUGGUAGUGGUGUUAAUGUCUACUUCUCGAGUUUUCUGGAUAUGUUCACUGUCGGAAUUGUUUUAUUAUGUUGUACAACCGUAUCAAUUGUAUACAUAAUAUGCACAUGUAUUUCAUCUAAAGAUUAUCUAUUUCCUGAUGAUGAUAAUAACAAUAAGUUAAAACAUUCUAUUUAUCAACCAAAUUCAUUUCUACUUCAACGACGUUUACGUAAUAAAUCUCAACAUGAUAAACAAAAACAACAAUAUUGUAAUAUUGAAUUAAAUAAGAUGAACACUUUAAAAAAUAAAAUAAAAACAAAAAAUAAAUUCUAUGAAAUGUAUUUAAAAGAUGAAUCAAUUAAAGAAACAACAGAUAGACAACGAUUACUUGAUUAUAAUAUACGGGAUAGUAAUGUUCCCAAUAGUUACAAUGUCGGUCGUCAUGAUGAUGAUAGUGAUGAUGAAGAAUAUAAUCGAUUUUCUAUUCAACAUAUAGAUGAUGAAACUUUUUUAAAUUUACUUCGUCAACCAAAUAGUAAAUAUCCUUAAGAAUGCUUAAAAUUUUUAUUCUAUUAAUCUAUUAGUGGCUUAUUCUUUCAGUCUCUUACUUUGUUUCUACAUGUUGUGAUAUUGAAAUUUGUGAUAUAUAUGACCAUAGUGAUUUAGGUGCAUUAUGAUUUGAAAUUUAUAUAGAUGGCUGUGUUUCAUGUUAUUAUUGUAUUUUAUGCAUAGGCAAGUGGCAUAAAUUUUUGUGUUUUCUUGUUUUUAUUAUAUUUUCAAAUAACUGUAUCUACUUUUGAUUACUUCGUUUAUGUAUAUGUAUUGACACAUACUUGUAUGAACAUGUAUCAUUUAAGGUAUCAAUUCGAUUAUUACUUUUUAUGUAUGUGAUGGAUAUUUGUGAUAUUUUGCCAAGUUUUCUUUGGUUAUUUUUGUUUAUGAAUUUUUAUUAAAUAUUAUUUAGUUAC